CUCUGGUUCUUGAUUGAGUUUUCUAAGAAAUCUGAUAAUGUUUGAAACCGGAACCCUAUUUUCGCUCAAUCUCAUCUAUUCUUCUUCUUGGCAUCUUCUCCAUGGGCUUCCUCUGAUUGUAAGUUUCCUGAGAGAUCGAUUUGUGCCUCCUCUGGUUCGUGCCUCUGUUCUUGAUUGAAUUUCCGGAUUCCGAUCAUGUUUGAAUCAAGAACUGGGCGAAGUAUCAUGGAUAUGGCCAAGGAUUCCGCUUUUUGACAUCUCUGCCAUUGGCUUCUUCUGAUUCUGAGAUCUGUGCGAUUUUCCUCUGGUUCUUGAUUGAAUUUUCUGAGAAAUCUGAUCCUGUUUGAAUGCGGAACCCUAUUUCGCUCAGUCUCAUCAAACCGAUCCUUCUUCUCGGCACUUUCCCCAUAGCCUUCCUCUGAUUCUGAGUUUUCUGAGAGAUCGAUUUGUGCCUCCACUUGGUCGUGCCUCUUCUGGUUCUUGAUUGAAUUUCUUAAUUCCGAUCAUGUUUGAAUCAAGAACUGGGCAAAGUAUCAUGGAUAUGACCAAGGUGGCAGCCCAAGGUGGCAGCCGAGAAGGCCAGAGACAUGGCAGAUGAGUUCUUCAAGCUUCAAAACAUAGACAUGGCUAUAAAGCACCUUACGGCAGCCAAGUAUUUCAACCCAGAACUCCCUCACAUCGAUGAUUACUUCACAGCAUACAGAGUACACCAGUUAGCGGCAAACAAGAAAAACUGUUGGUAUGAAAUACUUGCCAUCAAAGAUUUCAAUGUAGACGCUGACACAAUAAAGAAUCAUUACAGAAGAAUGGCAUUAAUGGUUCAUCCUGACAAGAACCCCUCUGUUGCUGCUGAGGGCGCGUUCAAGUUAAUUAAGUCCGCUUUGGACGUGUUGGGCAACCCGGUGAGAAGAAAGGCAUAUGAUGCUACAAUAAGUUCUGAAUCAAGGUCUAACCCUUCAAAAACAACAUUUGCUACUCCGAAUACUGGUUCUCCUUCUACUUCUGGCGCUUCAUCAUCAUCAAGAAAACGUGCAUCAUCUUCUUGGGGUCAUAUUCACAUUGAUCCAGUAAGCCCUAGCCCUUCAAAAUCUAAUCCGUCGAAGGUAACUGUGGUUCGUUGUAAAAACGGUAAAAUGCAAAUACGCCGCUUUUAUCUGAAUGCGGGGGAGGAAGUCCGCAUUCACUGAGCCUUAUCCUCACAGGUCGGCAUUUGAAUACUUUUGGGGUUGCUAGUUUUUCUGUUUAGCUUAUCUGCUCCGAGCUCCAAUGUUCUUUCAAUAGCGGCCUGAAUAUCGACUGAGCCUCAUCCUCCUCUUCAUCCUCUUCCAUUGACAGGUACAAAUUCUUUCUUGCUAACAGAUGUGUGGACGAAUGAGCUGCUGUAGUUAAGCAUUUUUGCAGGUUUUUUUGUUGCUGGUGGCUUCUGAAUAUUUUGUUAUGCCUGAAUUUGAGCCUAUAUAACUGAUGCUGUUGGGGUUGCUAGUUUCCCAUUUUGCUAUGAGUUCUGUUGCUGAUUGCCAUUUAGUUUCGUUCUUAAUUUUGUGUACAAUUGAUUCUUUUUGUCGGCUGCUUGCUUAGUCGAGCUUGCUGCAUGCUGGUGUAUUUUCAUAUUAGGCUUGUUUUUAAGUUUCUGGUUGUUUCCCUUCACACUUCUCUGUUGCAAGCAUUGUUUUCGGUAGGCCCUCUGUGAGUUGGUUGAAAAUAUUUUACGCUUCAUUGUCCACAAUUCGGCAUUAAAUUCAUUUGUUUUCUAAAUUGAGGACAAUGUGCUUCUUAAGGUUUGGGGCAGGGGAUUUAUUUGUUUGGUUUAGUUGGUCUUUGUUCAUAUCAGUGAAAUUUUUGAAUCUUUGUUUUGGCUUCAAAAAUUAUUUUUCUUAUGAUUGAUACUUUUCCAAAAAAUUUCUUUUCAAGAUGCAAGAUAGUUUAGAUAUUAAGGAUAUUUUUGUGCCUAAUUUUCAACCUCAGGAUGUUACCAAGGUUUUGAUUGAGAAAAAUUGAGCAUAUUCUUUAAUUUUCAUUAUCAUUGUAGAAUGCAUUUCUUGCUGAGAUUUGAGCAAAGUUUUAGGAUGAUUUAAUUAAGGGAUUUAAUUCUAUGCGGUUUUUAUCUUUUAGAGGUUAGUCCUAAACAGGGUUUAAGUAACAGAGCAGUAAAGUAUUGUGCUUAAA